AUGUCGUCGUCAUCCUCGUCGGCGUACGCUUUCAAGCCGGGAGGAUCGCUCAAGCUCAAGGGCGAUGAUGGCAAGAGGGACAAGAAGAAAAAGAAGAAGGUCAAAUCCUCGCUCUCCAGCGACUCAAAGCACGCUUCCGCAUCUACGUCCAGGUCCCACUCGUCCUCAAAACGGAGCGCAGCCGACGAGGCUGUCGACGAUGAUCGAUUGAACGAUGAAGCAGACGAGGGCGCCCCCUUCGUCACCGCAAGCGGGAGACAGAUGACCGAAGCGGAGCGCAAGUUCGAAGAGACCCGCAGAGAACGCAUGCACCAGCGCAUCGCUAAGGAAGCCCGCACUUCACACAAGGAGAAAGUGGACGCCUUCAACAAGUACCUCGGCUCUCUGUCGGAGCAUCAUGACAUUCCCAAGGUGGGACCGGGCUAG